AUGAUGCAGGUUUGUGGAAAUAAAAAGCAUGGUGGUCAUUUUGUCACUGCAGAUAGCCUGCGCCGAGUGCUACACGAGCUGAAGCCCGCAGCAGUGCUGUGCCAACCAGAGUCCGCCGAGUCCGCAUUGGAUGCCAAACCGGCAGACUGCCCGCUGCAGGUGCUGGGGUCUGCUGAGUCGGUAGCUGACGCUCAGCAGCUGCUGAUGCGGAGCGCCCAGGAGCUGCGGGCGGACAACACGGCCCCCGCCGUCGCUCUCCUCAGUUCUGGUACCACGGGACACCCCAAGAUCAUCCCGAUACCUCGCCGCACCCUGGCCUUAUCGAUGCGCUUACUAGCGCGAAGCGAUGCACUGUUCGGAGACGGCGACAUCUUGUUGUCCACAACCGGAUUCUCCUGGAUUACUGGAACGCUGUUCACGCUCUGGAGUAUCGACACCGGGAUGAAAUUCACCGUGACGCCCGAAUUCAGUCCUCAAACUGUACUGGACCACAUCGAGAGAUCCGAGCCCACCGUGAUGUUCAUGCCGCCGAACCAGUGGCUGUCGCUGCUGCGCCAUGCUCCGGAGGCAGGGGCGGCGCUCAAGGCGGAGGCGCACGCCUGGAUCGAGGCGCGCACGGGCCGGCCGCUGAUACAGUGGUACGGCCAGACCGAGGCCUUCUACCUGUGCAUGGCGCUCAACCGUCGCCCCCCAGUGCCACCUGGCUCCGUGGGCCGGGUCAAUGACGGGGUGCAAGCCAAGGUAUUGGACUUAGAGACUGGGAAGUGUCUCGGUCCAGGAGUCGAUGGCGAGCUGUUCUUUAAAGGAUGGGCCAUCAUGGAGGAGUUCGUGGACAAAGAGGGCUGGAUCCACACCGGAGACGUGGGGCACUACGACGCUGAUGGCAACUUUUACGUCGUCGACAGAGUAAAGGAACUCGUCAAAUACCGUGGUGUUCACGUAUCGCCUUCAGAGCUGGAGGCGUGGCUGCUGGGACACCCGCAGGUGUCUGAGGCAGUGGUGGUGGGCCUGCCGCACGACGAGGACCAGGAGCACCCAGCAGCCUUCGUCGUACUGGCCCAGGGCGCUACCGUCACUACUGACGAACUGUGGCAGCUGGUAAAAGAGAAAGCCCGGGGCAGCGAGGAGAAGCUGCUACAUGGGGGUGUCUUCCUAGUAGACUCCAUCCCUCGCAUGGCCACUGGAAAGGUCAGCAGGGGGCAACUGCGGCACUCUCUCCUGGAGAGGAUCAAAGGAAGGGCCUAAGUACACUCUCAGGAAUAGCAACUGACGUCUUCUGCGCUUCACUGCAGUCUCACAUGGCAACGAGUACUACG